AUGGCUCCGCGCUUUUGGCGCUGGUGGUACUGGUCGGCAUGGCCUCGGAUCCGGCCGCCUCCUGCCAGAAACACCCCGACCCCAGGCUUCUUCCAGCAGUUCUCCACGCAAGAGAAGAUCCCCCAGAUCUGUGUGGUGGGCAGUGGCCCCGCUGGCUUCUAUACAGCCCAACACGUGCUAAAGCACCAUCCCCAAGCCCACGUGGACAUCUUUGAGAAGCAGCUUGUGCCCUUUGGCCUGGUGCGCUUUGGUGUGGCACCUGACCACCCUGAAGUAAAGAAUGUCAUCAAUACGUUUACCCAGACGGCCCGCUCUGACCGCUGUGCCUUCUGGGGCAACGUGAUGGUGGGCAGGGACGUGACGGUGCCAGAGCUGCGGGAGGCCUACCACGCUGUGGUGCUGAGCUAUGGGGCAGAGGAUCACCGGGUCCUAGGAAUUCCUGGUGAGGAGCUGCCUGGUGUGCUCUCUGCCCGGGACUUUGUGGGCUGGUACAAUGGGCUUCCUGAGAACCAGAAGCUAGCACCAGACCUGAGCUGUGACACAGCUGUGAUUCUGGGGCAGGGGAAUGUGGCUUUGGAUGUGGCCCGAAUCAUGCUUACCCCACCUGAACACCUGGAGAAAACGGACAUUACAGAGGCUGCCUUGGGGGUGCUGAGGCAGAGUCAGGUGAAGACAGUGUGGAUAGUGGGCCGGCGUGGACCCCUACAAGUGGCCUUCACCAUUAAGGAGCUUCGGGAGAUGAUUCAGUUACCAGGAACCCGUCCUAUUUUGGAUCCUGCAGAUUUCUUGGGCCUCCAGGACAGAAUCAAGGAGAUCCCCCGUCCAAGGAGGCGACUGACAGAACUGAUGCUUCGAACAGCCACAGAGAAGCCAGGGGUGGAGGAGGCUGCCCGCCAGAAGCUGGCUUCCCAUGCCUGGGGCCUCCGCUUUUUCCGAAGUCCCCAGCAGGUGCUACCCUCACCAGAUGGGCAGCGGGUAGCAGGCAUCCGCCUGGCGAUCACCAGACUGGAAGAUGUUGGUGAGGCCACCCGGGCAGUGCCCACAGGAGACACGGAAGACCUCCCCUGUGGACUUGUGCUGAGCAGUGUUGGGUAUAAGAGCCACCCCAUCGAUCCCAGUGUGCCCUUUGACCCCAAACUUGGGAUCCUCCCCAAUACAGAAGGCCGGGUUGUGGGUGUGCCAGGCCUCUACUGCAGCGGUUGGGUGAAGAGGGGGCCCACAGGCGUCAUCGCCACGACUAUGACCGACAGCUUCCUCACUGGUCAGGUGAUGCUGCAGGACCUGAAGGCCGGGCUGCUGCCUUCUGGCCUCCGGCCUGGCUUCCCAGCCAUCCAGGCCCUGCUCAGGAGCCGAGGGAUCCGGCCAGUCUCCUUCUCAGACUGGGAGAAGCUGGAUGCUGAGGAGGUGUCUCGAGGCCAGGGUGCUGGGAAACCGAGGGAAAAGCUGGUGGAUCCACAAGAGAUGCUUCAGCUGCUGGGGCACUGAGCCUGGAUCCCAGCCCACGUUGUCAUAGAAGGGAAGAGUGCCACGCAGGAACUCCAUGCUCCAGCCACAGUGCUGCCUGCCUUGGCCUGGGGACUUGGCUGCUGCUCUUUUUCAGGGUAUCUGAGCACCGCCUUCUGCAAGGUUGCCCAAGAUGGAACCUUAAGUUAGGGAUGGAGGAUGACUGCCCUCCCCCCUCCCACCUCUCUCCUGCUGGACUUUGGGGGAGGCUAUUAAGUGGGGAACAUGCUGGAAAUAAAACAGCUGAAACC